GCGGCGCGGCCAUGGCGGAGGGCGCGGCGCUGCGGGCCGUGAGGGGCUGCCUGGCCGCCUUCCCGCGGGAGGCCCGCGAGCUGGGGUUGAUGGAAUCAGUACCAUAUCUGGACAGACCUCCAUCCCCUCUGGAGUUUUAUCGGGAAUGGGUGAGUCCCAAUAAACCUUGUAUAAUUCAGAAUGCCAUCAGUCACUGGCCAGCUCUGCAGAAGUGGACCUUAACGUACCUCAGGGAGGUAGUGGGUCCCAAGGAAGUGAGUGUAGCAGUAACACCAAAUGGUUAUGCAGAUGCAGUGUUUCAGGACCGUUUUGUCAUGCCAGAAGAGCGUCAGAUGCCAUUCAUGGACUUUUUGGACAUUGUGGAGAAGAAAGUGACUUCUCCCAACGUAUUUUAUGUGCAGAAGCAGUGUUCAAACCUCACCGAGGAGUUCCCUGAACUCAUAUGUGAUGUGCAGCCUGACAUACCAUGGAUGAGUGAGGCACUUGGGAAGAAGCCUGAUGCUGUGAAUUUCUGGCUUGGUGAAUCGGCUGCUGUGACAUCUUUACAUAAAGAUCAUUAUGAGAAUUUGUACUGUGUCAUAUCUGGAGAGAAACAUUUUUUGCUGCAUCCACCGAGUGAUCGUCCCUUCAUCCCAUAUGAACUCUAUCAGCCAGCAACCUACCAUGUGUCAGAAAGUGGCUCAUUUGAAAUUGUUGAUGAGAAGACUACAGAUAAGGUACCUUGGAUCCCCCUGGACCCUUUGAACCCAAAUCUGGAACAGUAUCCAGAAUAUGCUCAGGCAAAACCUUUGCAGUGUACUGUGAAAGCUGGUGAGAUGUUAUACCUCCCUUCUCUCUGGUUUCACCACGUUCAGCAAUCACAUGGCUGUAUAGCAGUGAAUUAUUGGUAUGACAUGGAAUAUGACCUAAAGUACAGUUAUUAUCAACUACUAGAUUGUCUCACAAAUGCCGUGAAAGUGUUAUAGCAGAGGUGGGAGACUCAAGCUUGUGAUUUUCCUCUCUGAUGUGGUACGAUCAUCAGCGUCUGUGACUGGAGCACAAAUGUGAUUCAAGCUAGCAGAACUGAACAUUAAGUUAUCCUCAACAAAGCCUGUCAAACAGAUCACAGCUAUUUUGCUUGCUUUCAGAGUCCAGGUCAAUUGGCCAUUUUUUUCUGGAUUGAAGGUAGAAGGUUCGAUAAUAGCAUUUUUAGGUCUUCACGUUUUGCCUUGAUGAUGGUAAGCAAAGUAAAAUAUGAAGAGAAGCAAUCUAGGUUUUGGAAAUCCCAAACCAUACACCAUGACUGUUCCUUCAGAUCUACAGAUAGUUUUAGUAACAAAUGGACAAGGAAGACUUGGCUGGGUCACACGCUGUGCAUCAGGCUACAUAAGUCCAACAUGUACAUUUAGUUUAAGGCAAAAGUCCUUUGCAGUUGUAAUUCAGUAAGUUCAGUGGCUGUCUGUGGUGUUUUGAUGAUGAGCUUCUGCAAUAAAAUUCAGUGGAAAAGCUUAUUUCUGCACUAAUUCCUGACUCAAAACAGUAUGGUGAGUGAUGGAGGUGAUA